GGCGGGGCGGGCUCGCGCUGCAGCGGCGGCGUUAGGGAAGGAGGAGGAAGCGGAGGAUGGCGGAGCGACACCGCUGAAGAUCAGCGAGAAAGAUGCGACCUCUGCUGACCCCUUUGUCUCGCCCUGUUCUGAUCCAGUCGAGAGAGUUUCUACAGUUCAGACGAGCACGAGGCUACUCGCCUCGUCGUUCAUGACCCGGCUCAGUCACGCUCCUCUCUCCCUCAUGGAGUGUUAACGGACGCAGGAGCGCCCGGGUGUUGCCGCCCAUCAUCGCACGCACACUUACGCACGCGUACAGGUGUGUACGAACGCACUGAGGUGUAGCAGUGAUUUUUUUUUUUUUUUUUAAAGCUUUUUGUUUGAGUUCCGAACGAGAGACACGAAGAAAGGAGAGCGAGAGCGAGAUUCGGGCUCUCAUGCUCCGUCAGGCCGAAGUGCUUUCACCAUGAGCAGCGCUUUAGGCAAAGACAAAGACUGCAAAGAAAAGGAGGCCAAAGUGCUCACGGGUAAGGAGCGCGACAAGGAGCACAAGGCGCUCGGCAGCCUCGGGAAGGACGGCAAGGAGCCCAAAACCAAAGGGAAAGACGCCAAAGAUGGGAAGAAGGACGCGGGAGGCGCGCCGCCGGCUGUCGCGUUCUCCGUGGACAACACGAUAAAGCGGCCGAACCCGGCAACGGGAAUGCGCAAGAAGUCCAGCAACGCCGAGGUGGCCAAAGAGCUGGUGAAAUGCCGCGACGAGAACGCGACGCGCCUGGACCUGUCCAAGCGCUCCAUCCACCUACUCCCGUCGUCCGUCAAGGAGCUGACUCUGCUCACCGAGCUCUACCUGUACAGUAACAAGCUGCAGAGCCUCCCGGCCGAGCUGGGCUGCCUGUCGGGCCUGGUGACGCUGGCGUUGAGCGAGAACUCGCUCACCAGCCUGCCGGACUCGCUGGACAACCUGAAGCGGCUGCGAAUGCUCGACCUGCGGCACAACAAGCUGCGGGAGAUCCCGGCCGUGGUGUACCGCCUCACGUCUCUCACCACGCUGUACCUGCGCUUCAACCGCAUCACCGCCGUCGAGAAGGACAUCCGCAACUUGAGCAAGCUCACCAUGCUGAGCAUCCGCGAGAACAAGAUCAAACAGCUGCCCGCCGAGAUCGGAGAACUGUGCAACCUGAUCACUCUGGACGUGGCCCACAAUCAGCUGGAGCAUCUUCCUAAAGAGAUCGGCAACUGCACACAGAUCACCAACCUGGACCUACAGCACAACGAGCUCCUGGACCUACCCGAGACUAUCGGCAAUCUGUCGAGUAUAAACCGCUUGGGUCUACGGUACAACAGACUGUCGGCGAUCCCCCGGUCGUUAGCGAAGUGCCGGGAGCUGGAAGAGUUAAACCUCGAGAACAACAACAUCUCCGUGCUGCCUGAGGGCCUGCUCUCGAGCCUGGUGAACCUGACGAGUCUGACGCUGGCACGCAACUGUUUCCAGUCGUACCCGGUGGGCGGCCCGUCGCAGUUCUCCACCAUCUACUCGCUGAACAUGGAGCACAACCGUAUCAACAAGAUCCCCUUUGGCAUCUUCUCUCGUGCCAAAGUCCUCAGCAAGCUCAACAUGAAGGACAACCAGUUGACGUCGCUGCCGCUGGACUUUGGGACAUGGACCAGCAUGGUGGAGCUGAACCUGGCCACCAACCAGCUGACUAAGAUCCCCGAGGACAUCUGCGGCCUCGCUUCCCUCGAGGUCCUCAUAUUGUCCAACAACCUACUGAAGAAGUUACCUCACGGCAUCGGGAACUUGCGGAAGCUGCGCGAGCUCGACCUGGAGGAGAACAAGCUGGAGUCGCUCCCGAACGAGAUCGCCUACCUGAAAGACCUACAGAAACUUGUGUUGACCAAUAAUCAGCUGACCACGUUGCCGAGAGGGAUCGGUCACCUGACCAACCUGACUCACCUGGGACUGGGAGAGAACCUUCUGCAGCACCUGCCUGAGGAGAUCGGCACUCUGGAGAACCUGGAGGAACUGUACCUGAACGACAACCCCAACCUGCACGGCCUGCCCUUCGAGCUGGCGCUGUGCAGCAAGCUGUCCAUCAUGAGCAUCGAGAACUGCCCCCUGAGCCAGCUCCCGCCGCAGAUCGUCGCUGGCGGCCCGUCCUUCAUCAUCCAGUUCCUCAAGAUGCAGGGCCCGUACCGCGCCAUGGUCUGAUCUCGCCGCCCGGAAACCACCACCACGACCACGACCACCCCCCCCGGAACCUACAGCCCGAACAAACAAACUAGUCCGUGUGCAGUUUCAGGACGUCCGAGAGAGAAAGAGGACACAACGACGAUUAUUCCAAAUCAUAAACCGGUUCAGGACGCGGUCACGGUCCUCGUAAUAUCCUACCACGCCGUGAUGUCAUCACACACACACACACACAAAACAAGAACUAAUAAUAUUAAUAAUAAUAAUAAUAAUAAUACUCGUGUUCUGCUUCACCGAAAGAGAAGGGGAGGCUGAUUUAUUCAGAACAAAUCCCAACACGCAAAACAUUUCAGUUUCAUUUCAAUCCACUAACUAGUCAGAUCGCACCGGACCAAUCGUAACGCACCUGGAAGAGAACGCACUCUGAGAGGGAAGACGUGAGCGUUUACCGCAACGACGAUAAUAUUAAUAAUAAUAUGGAUCGUAAGACUUGAAGGGGAGGAAACCACCUCGGAUUUGGACGUCGCUAAAUCGACGUCGUGUUCGGACGAAGCGCGAACUCACUCUCUCCCUCCCUCUCUCUCUCUCUCUCUCUCUCUCCCCUCCCUCUUUCUCCCCUCUCUCCUCUCUCUCCCUCCCCUCCCUCCCCUCCCCUCCCCCUCCCUGAGCAUCGAACCCACGUUGCCAGCUUUGAAUUCCUUCUUGUUUUCAAAACAGUUGUAUGCAAAAACGCAUCUUCGUUUCAUUUCACCGUUUGCUGCUGCUGCCAUAAUCUUUUUUGGGGGGUUUGGGGAUUGUGUUUAUCCUCUUGAUAUCCCCAAUCAGUUUUUUAUUAUCAUUAUUAAACAACCAUCGCCAUGGUUUAUGUUUUUGUACAGAGGUUGUUGGGUAAGUGCGAACAAGUGUAGUCGUGAAAAUAACCCUUUUUUAUAUAUAUAUAUAUAUAUAUAUAUAUAUAUAUAUAUAUAUAUAUAUAUAUAUAAAAAAUAUACACACACACACACACAUUGAAAUUGUGCCUAUCCAGCAUGAAAGGCUGGUUUGUUUGUUUUUUUUCUUUUCGGAACGUAAUUGCUCUUGAGGUGUUUCAUACGGAAAAAAAAAAAACAGUUUUUGCAAAAGCAUAAUUUAUUGAAUGAUUCCUUUAUCUAGCAUUUUUGUCUUUUAUUUUAUUUUUUAAACACGCACACACAGUUUCCUGUUGGCGUUUAGUCGAUUCAACGAACAUGUCGCUUAAGUUUGAAAUUUGCUCCGGGCAGGUUUCGUCUAAUUCUUUUAAAACGAUUCUAACCAUUUAAGCUUCACUUCAACGCCAGAGUCUCGCCUUCGAUAACGAAAUAAAGCAGAAGACAACGACUCUACAGCAUAUCUUCUACAGACUAUCGCUUAUAGGAUCCGAUUAUCGAUCGAGUCGAAAAAUCCGGCAGGUCAAUUCCCCAGAAAAUCGUGUUCGGCCAAAUAAAAGCAUAUCGGAGAUUUCGCAAAUGAAAUCACGCAAGUUUAAACUCAUGCGGGGAGGGAAAAAAAUCAAAAACGUAGCUAACUCGGAUCGUUUAAGUGGUUUUUGUUUUUUUCAGUGGACGGGAUUAACGAUUUGAGCGGUUUAAGCACUCGGAAAGCUCGGAUCGUUUUCUUUAGCGUUUCGCUUUUAUGCACUUUGUAACUAAAUCCGGCGUCGACUUUAAGAGGUGUGUGUCUCGUGCUACCGGGGGGCAUUUUUAUCCUAUAGUGAAGUAUUUUACACUUUAUUUAAUCACAUGAACUCAUUUGGUGGUUUUUGUUUAAAAACGGAAAUUUUGGUUUGUAUGUUGUUUUUAUUAAAUCAUUUUUUUUUUUUUUUUUGUCAGUCACUGUGCGUUACGAAGCGUCCAUAUCUCUGGUAUUAUCAUUACUUUGUUUUUGCAAAGUGUUGAAAGUUUAAUUAUGACCCUUGGUUAUUUUUUUAACAAUUUGAAUGGAAUUGUUUUUAUUUAGUAUUAUAUCAAUAUCAAGUGACUGUAUGUUUAAAAAAAAAAAAAAGAAAAAAAAAAACAAUUCCUGUGUAGUUUAUCAAACUUUUUUUUUUUUUAAUCAUCACGUCCACACUCGUUUUAUUUUGUAACUUUUUUUUUUAUCAUCAUGUAUUUUUUAUUUUGUGAAGACUUUUCCAUCAGCAGCAGCAUAUCUGAAACAGCAGAGCAUGAUGGACGCCGUCGCUGCUUUCGAUCUGUUGCUGGACCUCUAACACACACACACACACACGAUGCUGUACACACACGCAGAGUUAUUAAGGACUUGAGCGCACAGGUGCGAGCGCAGCACGGACCGUCAAACGAAGACUUGUAAAAAGGGCUUUCUUUUUUCUGUUCCCCGCUCGCAGACACGCCACAGGCAUCGCAUUCCCAGUUUUGUAUAAAAGCUUAGACGAAACAAAGUGUACAUUUGAUUUUCCUCUUUUGUGUAAUUACAGUUAGCUGUUAACGAGAUGGAGUUAUUAUUAUUAUUAUUGUUAUGUGGAAAAUAAAUGCCUUCGAUGAGUA